UUUUUUUUCUUUUAAAAAAUAAUUUUGAAAUUUAUUUGAAAUAAUGAUAUACCAAUUUUUAAAACAAACGGUUAAACAGCUAGCAUACAUGUUCCCAGCUCAUGGGACUGUAUUUUGUUUAACAUGGUUUGGAGUUGGGCCUACUCCAAUUCCUAUCCUAUCAUUUUUUAAUUUACCAUUAAUUUAUAUAUUGGUUCGUAAGAGUCCAUCAUUAAUAAACUUACCAUUAUUUUUGGCACUCACAUCAGGAGCUGCUUUGGCUCAUAAUGAACCAACAACUUCACCUAUGGAAAGUUAUUUUGAAAACUUUACGAUUUUAUCAAUUAUAGGAGCGUCAAUAGCGCUUGUUACGCUAAUACCAAUGGUAUUGACGAAGUACCUCUCAAUAAAAAUUAACGAUAGGUAUGAAAAUUUCACACAUAAUGUGAACUCAAGAUUAAUGUUUCCGGUAAUUUGGACGGCAGCCUGGUCGUUAUUUAGACGAUAUUCUCCUUUAGGAUCCUGGGGAGAUUGGUCAUAUACAAUUGAUAACUCGGGAUAUACAGGCGAUCCAAUCGUACAGAUAGCCUCAAUUGGAGGGCUCAGUGCAAUUAAUCUUCUUUUGGCGUUGUGGAUGCAAGUAAUAUCCGAUUAUCUGAUAUUGAGACAUAGAAUAAAUAAAACAAAUCGUAAUAUUAUAUUGGAUGAGGAAACUCCCUUAAUUAAUCAUCCAACUCCUGAUAACGACGAUAACACAAUGGUAUAUAAAGAAGAUAUAACAAAUAACUAUUAUUUACGUAUGGGAAUGCUGUUUGUUAUUCUAGGUUGUUUUUUCAUCGGAAGUUACAGGUUAAACAACAUAGAAAGCAAUUUUAACCAUACGCAAACUGAAGAAGUUGGAUGUGUAUUACCAAGCUAUGGUGUUACGAUGGAUGAAAUGUUUAAAAAAACAGCGACGUUAGUAACUAAUUUUCAAUCGAAAAUUGUAUUGUGGAGUGAAUCAGCAAUUUCAAUAGAAAAUGAUUCCGAGUAUGAAAAGUUAUUAAAUACAGCUUAUAAUUAUACGAACAAAUAUCACUUUUUUUUGGGAUUAGCAUAUACAGUCCGUAAUGGCUCCAAGAAAAAAAAUAUGUUGACGUUCAUUGGGAAUAAUGAAACAUUAUUCAAAUAUGAGAAAACACAUCCUGUUCCAUUGGUAGAAUCAUAUUCCACUGAAAGUGGUCCAGGAUAUUUGAGUACUGUAAAAAUUGAAUUACCAAAGAAAGAAAGAAGACAAACAGAAUUUUUAAGUUUAAAUGUUAGUGGAGCCAUAUGUCUAGAUAUGGAUUUCCCAGAGUUACUUGGCCAAGCGGCAGGCGCAAAUUUGAUUUUGUCACCGGCACAAACUUGGUCCGCACAUGUCGGAAUGCAACAUUUAAAAAUGUCAUCUGUAAGAGCGGUUGAAAAUGGGUAUUGGAUUUUAAGAUGUGAUGGAGGUGGAGCUUCAGGGCUCAUCGAUCCUUACGGUCGUAUUCGACAUGUACAAAUUGCGACUAAUGACCAUACCAAUCUAUAUUCUUGGGAGGUUCCUUUUAGUGAAGAAAAAAUUAAAACUUAUUAUGCUGUUUAUGGUGAAGCAACGGUAUGGGGAGCAUUUGGUUUUCUAAUUUUAUGUGAACUAGCAUGGUAUACUUCCUGGAAGCAUGCUGAGGGAGACAUGGAACAUGUGACGAAUAAAGUUAAACAAACUAUUGAGCAAGGUCAAAAAUGGAUGGAAAAUAAAUAUGAUGAGAUUUUUGAUGUAGAGGAACUACCUCCAAGCGUGCAGCAAAGUCUCCUAUAGUUUAUUUGUAUAUAUAUUUUUAGAAUUGUUUACGCGAUUCGCGCAACUACAUUUAAAUGUAAACUUUGUAAAUUACUAAAGCUUGUACGGUGAAAUUGAUUUAAAAUAUAUUACUUUAUAAUCAAUUUAUCUUCAACCUUCUUUUGUUAUAAACUAAUAGUAAGAG